GCUACUUGGGUGCCGGGCUUUCACUUUCCUUCCGUUCUUGUUUUGCUUAACGCGACAGUCAACUUUUACCGUGAAAUUACCAUUAUUACGUCGCGUGGAAGACCAGCACCAAGCAUUAUUAAUCACAGAUUUUCCUUUCUUCACAUUUGUCUUAACUGGCGCUGUGGUUGAAAAGCGGAACAAGGGCUUAGCGAAAAGCGAGGUGAAAGCGAAACAACAAACAACACCAUCAAAAUCACCGAAACGGAGCGCGACACAGGCACCCCAAAACGCGAAGAAAGUUUAGUCCAUCGCUGGAAUCUGGAUCGAUAGGCUUGCUGCAGCACUCGCCCGGUCGCGUACCACAUUUCUGUCAAAAUCCCGCACCGAAAAAACCGCCCAACGCGUCCACAUCCAUAGCCAGUGUUCGUUGCUGACGAAGCGCUUAUCAAUAAAAUACGAAGCUUAUUUGCACACCUCACCCAUCAAGGCAAGCGGUGCUGGUGAGCGAUUCGAAACAAAAACGUCGCUAACCGCUGACACCCCUGCUAUACGUGCUACCUCCUCCUGGGGACGUUUCCACUACAAUACGCAACACAACCCGUCGUUUGCAACGCCUGCUACGACUAGGAAAGAUUAUUCGUCGCUCACACCUCACGAUAGACGGGUUUCGACGGGUGGGUUCGGUCCUGUGCGCGUCCGACGGUGUGCUUCAGUGUGUGUUGUGUUCUGGCGGAACGUGGAAUUAUUCCCGUGCUUCCCAGUACCGCGUGCGUGAUUUAGUCGGUCUCCGUUCACAUCCGGUGUGCUUUCGGGUGGAGCAAAGCAAAGCCAGUGCUGAAUUUUCAAUUCAAACCUCCUUGUCACCGAACUUGGUACGUGCGUCUUCGCCUAGAAAAUGGUCACCGUGUCGAGCGUUCUGGGCAGCACCAGUGCCGUCCUGGUGUCGCUGUUCAUAUUGCGCAAGGUGUUUCCCUGGAUUUAUCAAAACCUUAUCGGACCAAAGGUGUUCGGCUGCCGCAUCAACCUGAAAAAGACCGGCGAAUGGGCCCUCAUCACCGGUGCAACCGAUGGCAUAGGAAAAGCAUACGCUCAAGCGCUUGCCCGAAAGGGCCUCAACAUUAUUCUGAUCAGCCGAACCCUUUCGAAGCUUCAGGAUGUGGCCAAAGAAAUUGAAACGGAAUUCAAGGUGCGCACGAUGGUUAUUGCCGCCGACUUCACUAGUGGAGGAGAAAUUUACGAUCAAAUCCAGCGACAAAUCGAGAAUAUGGAAAUCGGCGUGCUGGUGAACAAUGUUGGCAUGAGCUAUGCGAACCCGGAAUACCUGCUGGAACUGCAGGACAACGAGAAGCUAAUUAAGAAUCUGCUCAGCUGUAACAUUCUCUCGGUGACGCGCAUGUGUCAGCUAGUUAUGCCCGGCAUGGUAAAACGGCACACGGGUGUUGUGAUCAACAUUUCGUCCCUAUCCGCCGUCAUUCCGGCCCCGCUACUGACCGUUUAUUCUGCGUCCAAGGCAUACAUGGAUAAAUUUUCGGAGGAUCUUGCCUCGGAGUACGCGAAGCACAACAUUGUGGUGCAAUCGGUGCUGCCCGGGCCGGUAGCUACUAACAUGUCCAAGAUUCGGAAGAGCACGUGGAUGGCCUGUUCGCCCAAAGUGUUUGUGGGCAGCGCGAUAAACACGCUUGGUCACACUCGUCAAACUACCGGGUACUUUCCACAUGCCCUGCUUGAGCUAGCAAUCAAUACGCUGAGCUUCGUUUCGCCACGCCUGAUGGAGAAGCUCACAAUCAAUACGAUGCAAAACAUUCGGGCUCGUGCGAUGAAAAAAUCCACAACUCGACCAUCGGCAGCGCCUUCGGGUGAAGCUACGACUCUAACUACUUCGUCUUCGUAAGGAAGUUGAGAUUGCUACGACAAGAUGGGUUCGAUGAGCAGAGAUCGAAGCUCGGUUCUGUUUCAUGUUUGCGAUAUUACUGAUAGAGAAUUAAUUCGCAUUUGGAGCUCUCGAUUUAAGCGAACGGUUGCCAACAACGAUUGGCCCCGGAUUCUAGCUUUACCAGUAGUUGUGUACGAAAUAGUCAAACCGGCUGGGCAUUUAACGAUAAGAUGGAUGUGGGGUUGGAUGAGCAAAAUGCGCGCAGGCAGAGAUUCAGUGUUGGCGAAAGUCCGUUCACCAAGAGCAUCCUAGUCCGACAUAUAAAUGGGAAGAAGGCUACAUCGGAACGGGGGUGCAAAUUUAGCGUAAUGUGUAUCGAUAAUUCCAAGGCUUCAUCUAUCAACCGGAGGCUGUAUGUAAAAGUUGGCUAUAAAAACAACGCACUGUUGCACCCAAAAAUAAACGAAAUGUUUUCCAAUCCAAC